AUGACUUCCCAGUUACCUUCGGUGCCAGUAAAGCACAAGAAUUUCAUCCAACAUGUCCAGUCACACCAGAAGACACCAAUUGAGGAACUUCUGAAGCCCUACAAUGAAUACGAUGCUUUGGCACGGAAGAUUUAUGCCCAAGAGCCAGCUCACACUUUGCUGAAAGACAAUCAUGCCAACAUUGUGCCUCUUUAUGAUGCUGCGACUGGCUCCACAGAUAUUCGUGUUCGCGCGCGAGAUCUCAGUUCAGAAACACCUGAACAAAAGGAGAAAUACAUCUUACCUCUCUCCACCGACAAGCGCAGAGAUGAUGGCUCGCCUGCUGUUGUCCCUACGCUCGAUGAGUUUCAAAACAAUUUCGCCCUCUUUACUGAAGGUGCAUUGAGCGAGCUCGACUGGAGCAAUGUGAUCGCUGCUGGCAGUGCUGUUGUGACAUCCCUUUUACCUGUGCCAGAGCAAUAUCGCAAUUCCAAAAGGGGCCUCCGCCAAUACUACCACGAUGAAUUUGCACCCGCAUCGGAUGUCGAUUUGUUCUUGUAUGGCUUGACCGAGGAGCAAGCCAUUGAUAAGAUCAAACACAUUGAAGACAAGAUCCGUAACACGAUCUUGUAUGAAACAACAACCAUCCGCACGAAAAAUACCAUUACGAUUGCAUCCCAAUAUCCCACCCGGCAUGUCCAGAUCGUCCUUCGCAUCUAUCGCUCGAUCGCUGAAAUCCUCACCGGGUUCGAUGUCGAUUGUUCAUGCACAGCCUAUGACGGCCACCAAGUUUACGCAUCUCCUCGAGCUAUUGCGGCGUACAUCACGCAGACUAAUCAAGUAGAUCUGACGCGCCGAUCUCCUUCCUAUGAAAAUCGCUUGUCCAAGUACUCGCAUCGCGGUUUUGAAGUGUUUUGGACUCAACUUGACCGGUCAAAGGUCGACCCGACUAUAUUCGAAAGAAGUUUCAGGCGAACUGAGGGACUCGCACGUCUCUUGGUUCUAGAGCAGCUGCCAAAGCCAGGCGACCGUGAAGACUAUCUGACAAAGAGACGCGAAGAGCGAGGAAGACCUGCUCUCAGUUUGUAUCUACAGCGUCGUCAGGGCAAGGAAUUGCGAGGCAAUAUAAAAGACGACUGGGAAGAUGAAGUCCCGGAAUGGCAGGAAGAGGACCAAAUCUCGGACUACCAUACGUUUACCAUCCCUUACGGUCGGAGAUUCAAUGCACGGAAGAUUGAGAAGCUUCUCUACACCAAGGAUCUACUCCUCAAUGCGCAGUGGAAUCAGAAGAAGGAUCGUGGAGUUUAUCUUCAUCGCCACCCUGCUUUCUUCGGUGAAGCCGAACAUGUCAUUGGAGACUGCUGUGGAUCUUGCCCCAAGCCAGUGACUGAUGAAGAACGCAAGGUGGCUGAAGAGGAGAGCAAGAUCUACAUCUCCGGCAAUAUCACCUUCAUCAAAGAUAACCCCGGUCGUCAAGAAAUUGGCAGUUUCAAUCCAAUUACUGAGACGGACUGGACAGAAAUGGCGUACAUUGGUCGUACCGAGCUGCUCUGCCAGGCAAUUGUCUCGCAUGACUUGCAAUCAGUGAAGAAUUUCCUCGACCAGGAAGAUUCAGAUCCAGACCGCCGAGAUUACACUGGACGCACUCCUCUACAAUUGGCCUGCAUGAUCUCUACUCCGGAGAUUGUUCAAUGUCUUGUUGAUCACGGCGCGAGACUUAUCGCUCGGAUGGCAGAUGGACAAACCGCAUUGCAUCUAGCUGCUGCGAGAGGUGCGACUGAGAUCGUUCGCAUUCUACUGAUUAAGAGCAACCAAAACGAGGAAGAAGAAGAUCGGAAAGCUGCCACCACGAAAGGCGAACCCAUGGAAGUCGACGGUCAGGAUGCUGACGAUUGCAUUGAAAAUGAUGUUUGCUCUCAGACAUCUGCAUCGUAUGUCAAGGUGGACAAGGAGGACACGGACGAAGUAGGCCCAACCUACGAUACAAUCGAAGAGAAUGAGCUAGACCCAGACAUCUACGAUAUCAACGUACCAGCUUGGGAUAAUUUAGCAUCGCCGCUCCAUCUCGCAAUCCUUCAUGGACAUGUGGAGACUGUCGAAGAGCUCGUUACAUCAUUUGGAGCCGAUGUUUUGUUGCCAAUCAAGAUCACGAACGAUUAUGAUAAGCGACCAAAAGGCGCAAUCAUGACUUUGGUGUUGGUGCUCUCUCUCCCGUUGGAGAAGGCCAGAGAGAUGUCGAAAACGCUGUUGAGGCUCGGUGCUUCCCCAGCCCAGGCGGACAUGUCUCACCAGACAGCACUCCAGUACAUCGCACAGUCCGACUAUAACGAGCUUCUCGACAUCUACCAAGAGCAUGACGGACCGGGAAUGCAACGAGCAAUAAACCAUUUGACUGCCAUGGGAGCCGCUUGGUAUUCUUCCAGUUUCGAUUUCGCCUCGGCUUUGGUCAAUGCGUUGUGUGCCAAAAAUCAGGUCGGAGCCAAGAAGCUUCUCGAGCUAGGUGCUAAGCCUAGUCAUGAUUUGGCGGAUUGGUUGAAGGCAGUGAAAUCUCAGUUUCCUGAUGCAUUGCUAUAUGGUAGGGAGGAGAGGUUCGCGAAAACACACCACAAGCAGCCUAUUGUCUACGCCAUCGAAAAUGAUCUACCAAUCGCCGCUAUUGAUCUGCUGCAACGCGGUGCCGACCCCAACACAAUGCACCAACGAAGACACGAUCGUGAUGAAACACUUUUAGAUUCAACAAAUCGAUAUUUGCGAGAGUUGCGAAACUGUCUGAAAAAAGAAGCUCCUUCAUGGUACCCCACAUAUGGUCUUCCAGAUCCCGUCAUCUUCGAGCAGGACGAUUCUUCAUACUUCACCGAAUUUAAAGAGGGUACUUACAAAAUAUUCUCUGCAAGAGCUCAGCUGAAGGAGGCAAAGGAAAACAACAAGAAGGUCGAAGAGAAAGAAGCAGAAAUUGCAAAGUCAUCUGAAGACAAGCCGGGCGAAGCCGAAAGGAGAGAGGCAAUCACGGAGAUGAUUGAGAAAUACGAGUUGCUCAAAGCGGAAUUGUUAUCCCGAGACGCAAAGACUUGGGAUGAGCUCCACCCGGGAGAAACACAGGGGCCGGAGCCCGAAGGUUAUCGAAACAGGACAAACCACAUGAAGAAACCUUCCGCAAAGCCAUUCAAGAUCGAGUUCUUCAGUUCGCUCUCGGGUCUCUCUGAUAUUGCCAAUGAAGGAUAUGUCAAACUCUUCGAGGCUGCAUGGGGUGGAGAUCUGGAAACCAUCAAAUCUCUCGCCCUAGGCAUGUGGGGAGAAGACAAGGAUCAAGUACCUCUCAGUAUUUCCAAAACAGAUUCUUUAGGACUCAACUGUCUUCAAAUUUGUAUCUUGCGAGGCCACCUUCGCAUUGCAAAGGCCAUUUUGCAGAUACUCCGGACCCAGUACAAGGUGAAGGAUGAUGUCACUCAUCAACACUUUGAGAUGGACAUUGACUCAGAUAACGAAUCUUCCGAUACCGAGGGCCUCAACAUUGUCGGUCAUGCCGUGGAUGAACAAUUUACAUAUGAAAAAGUCGGAGAAGUGACGAGCCAAGUCGAAAGCGAAGUCUCACCACUUCAAGCGUUGGAGCGAUAUUGCCCCGUUCAAUUAUUUCUGGACGAAGAACUUCCCCCCCAGGCAACAUUCCGCCUUGUCGGUAUGAAUCAUUGGAGCGGGUCUCCUUACCUCCUGGUGAACAACCUUUUUAAAUAUGCAAUUUUCAAGAACGACGUUCGUCUGUUGGAGUGGCUUUUGAAUGCCGGACACGAGUCCGUCAGGAGUGAUCCUUCCAACAAGACCCCAUUUACUCUUGACCAAAGUGAACUUCAGCUUGCAAUUUCGCUCGGCCACACGGAAUGUCUUGCUACCAUCAUCAAAAGUACUGCUGUUGGCCUGCCGCUCAUGAAACUGAGCGAGGAAUCCGGGAUUGCUGCCAGCGAGGAGCCCGAGUAUUACCAGGGCUUGUCAAUCCGAGGCCAGAAACGCAAAGACUGGGCGGAUUCUGGCCGACCAGAUAAUUCCAGCAAAACCGAGAGUCCCAGUCGCCCGCCUCUCCUUCUCUCGGCAUUGCAAGGAAGCUUGCCUAGUACCGAGUGGUUUCUCGGCACAGCGCCCAGUCGUUACUAUCUGGAAUACGUUCAUGCGCACUCAGAAAACGAUAAUAUUAAGAGAGUUGCCCAGUCUACACUGGGGCUUGACGCAACUGUUCUGAAAUGGCUCCAAGGUCGAAAUAACCUUGUCCUUCACUGCGCAGUGAUGGCCCGAACCUGUGAAGAAUCAGAGCGACUGGUUCAGUAUCUUGUUGAUCAACACCCCGAAUGCUUGGAAGUACGAUCAUCGGAGGGCCACACGCCGCUUGCACUGGCGAUAUCACUUCAGAAGGUCAACUUUGCGCGGAUUCUGACCAAAGCUGGCGCUAACCAAGCCACUCGUGAUAACCAAGGACGCAAUCUCCUCCAUUUGGCGGUUUGCUCUAUGUCAGACGCCGUGACAAGAGUACCGGAUGAGAUUCGUAAAUUGGUCGACUUGAUGGACAAAGAGCUCGUUUCUGCCAUGCUUACGCAACGUGCAGGUGAAAGCUCACAAACCCCCUUCGCACGCUGGCUCAGCAAGUCUAGCUCUGACUUUUUCGCCGACGCCCGUGAGAAGGACGAUUCUCGCUCGAUGACACACUUCUUCUUGGACCUGGGGCAAUCUACCAAUCAAAAGUUCCUGGAAUUGCUGGAUGGUACGGGGAACACACCGGUCCAUGACUGUGUGAAGCGAGCAUACCCGCAAGUUCUGGAACCAAUUUUGGACCAGCGACUUGAUCUCCUCUACCGAGAAAAUGCCACAGGAAGCACGCCACUCGAAAUGGCCGUGGACGCCUGGGUUAAUGCGACGACUCGCGAAGUUCCCCAGAGUUCCGUCACGUCGAAUCGGCAGAACCAGUGGCCAAACAUCACGUCGCGUGGACCGGAGCAUUUUAUCAAGAACGAUGACCAGAGGACCAGAGUAGAGGUUAUGAUUGAUGUUUGCAGGAAGCGAACACAGCAGGUCGUUCAGAAAAGAAGACUCGUGACUCUUUUCGAGGCUAAUGAGGUUGCCAAAAGGCUGGCUACGAAGAAGAAUGACGGGGAAGAGAGUGGUCAUAGAGUGAACCGAUAUGGCCAGCGCAUGGGAAGGGAAUUUCGCAAAAAUCGAGAAGACGAGGACGGGCAUCUCGAUGAAGUUGCUCUGUGGGUGGGAUUGGCCUCGCAGUGGAAUUAG